AUGUUCAUGAAGGUAGGUAAGGAUGGCUUCUUCUUUGCGGACGGCUCUGAGGAUCCGUGUCCCGCGGGGGAUGUCCUUUCCCGGAAGAUGUGCCGCGUCACCGGCAUGGAGGUCUGCCAACAGUUGGAGCGCGUCAGCUGGAAGAAGUAUGACCUCAUGAAGUGGAACUGUCAGCAGUUUUGCCGGCACAUGUUCGAGCAGGUGCCCGAGGUCUACACAGGGAGUGCCGCCACUCCGGGGGCUUAG